AUGGGUCCAAGCCAGGCCCUCGUCAUUGUGUCGGUCUUGCGGAAUGUCCAACAGAACGUGGACGAGACCAGGACCGGAGAACAUGAACGGGUAAUUGGGGGCUUGCGCAGCUUGGACGGCAAAGCCAGAGCAACACACAGCUUGAACCAGAACAGCCACACGGUCGCACAUCCGGGGCUAGCGAAGCGGCGGGAAGGGAGGAAGGAGAGGCAAAGGAGCAGCGGUACUCCGAAUGUUCAUGUCUUGCUACCUUCCACCACAGCUCGGACUCUGACUAGGAAAUGGCUGGAUGCACAACUACGCCAUGCAUCCAAGACCGCAGACUGGGAAGGCUCUCUCUCUCUCAAUUCUGAAGACCGGCUCGCAAAUGAAAGUGAGUACCCAAUGGGGGAGGCAUUUCGGAGGCUUGUGAUCGAUUGCAGGGCGCUCAACCCAUAUGGAGCACCGAUCUUGACGACUCUCCAUGACUGCCAGCUGAGGUGGGCAACCACCCCCGCCAGCGAGGCGCCGGCAGACCGCCAGAGGUAUCGGGCCGACAGCCUGGUAGCACUGACCAUGGACGAGCCACCUGGACCCUUUGAUUUCACGGUGGUCUCAGCAAUGGGAGUCAUCACAGAGGGUGCCAAGGGCACAGAGAUGGCAGCCACAUACACGCGCUUGAAGCAAAUGCGAGGGGUGGAGGUUAUUCGUGCAGAUACGGCCACCUUACAGUCCGUGGACUACAAUGCAGCAUGCGUGGAGCGUGCGGUGCGUGAAAAUGUCAGGACACCGUGGGGCUGGGUCGGCUACAGUCAAGGCUGUGCAAAUGCCUUCCGUGCAGAGGCGAUGAUGCUCCAGGGAACUCCAGAGCAGCAGCGCUUGAUGGGCAACUUCCGAUGCCGACAACUUCUUUACUCCGCCGCUAAUGGCUCUGCGCAUGCCACAUGCGGGGACUGGAAGCUGCUGCGAGCGCUCGUAGACGGCGAACGUUUCCUCAAGCGGUUCCAGGCCUGCAUGGCUUGA